UGACCAGUAAUUCCGGCCUGUUGAACGAGUGAAAUACUCAAUUGUGUCGUCGCUAGCGACAGUACAAUAGCACAAAACUCAUAGAGAAGCAGAAGCCGGCGCCUACACAGACAUUAGACUCGUCGUGGAAGAAGCAAGAAACGAGUUUCACGUUCCUACAGCGGAUAUUUAAGAUGGAAGGAGGUGGAGGAGGAGGAGGAGGAGAAGAUGACAUAGUUUGCUUGGACGAAUCUUUCUUCAUCGAUGACAAUUACCAGCUGACCACCUUCAUAUUUGGAUCUCAAGUUAUCGAGCUUCUUUGCCUCCACUCUGCUUCUA